AUGACGCGCUUCGCAGUCCUCGUCGCCGGCACCGCCGUCCUGCUCGCCCUCCAAGCCUUUGCCAGUCCUUCCGGUCUCUCGCACGAGCCAAGGCUACGACCACCGCGGAAACACCAGCCGUGCGACCGGUCAUUCUUUGCGUACGUGCUGCCUCGCGGUGCAGCCCUAGAAAAUGUCACGGUCGUGCGGGAUGGUGAUAGCUACGGCGAGGGGGAGGCCAACGUCGCGUAUCCCAAGAACCCCACCCAUCUCCCGCCGCUUUGCGCAGUUACUGUCCGGGUGAAGAGCUCGGCGACGAGCAGCUACAGGUUUGGUUUGUUUCUGCCAGAUGAGUGGAACUCGAGGUUUCUCGUCGUAGGAAAUGGGGGGUUCGCAGGGGGGAUCAACUGGCUCGACAUGGCGGCCGGCCCGCGCUACGGCAUGGCCUCGCUCUCGACCGACACCGGGCACAGCUCCAAGACGACCAACACCACGUGGGCGCGGAACCAGCCCGAGAAGAAGGCCGACUGGGGCUGGCGCGCCAUGCACGGGUCGACCGUGCUGGGCAAGAAGCUCGUGCGCGCCUACUACACCCAGCAGCGGCUCAGCUACUCCUACUACAGCGGCUGCUCGACGGGCGGGCGGCAGGGGCUCAAGGAGCUGCAGAACUUCCCGGACAGCUUCGACGGCGCGCUGAUCGGAGCCGCCGCGUGGUGGACGUCCCACCUCAACACCUACGUCACCCAGGCCGGCCUGUACAACCUCCCCGAGACCGACCCCAAGCACCUCGACGACGACGACGUGGCCCUCAUCGCCGACGAAGUCACCCGCCAAUGCGACGGCCUCGACGGCGUCGAAGACAGCAUCAUCAGCAGCCCCGAUCUCUGCCAACCCAACCUUGACACCCUCCUCUGCCCUACCACCAACAACAACCCCGACCCCAACCCCAACACCGACGACAACAACCCCCCCAAAUGCCUCUCCCGCGCCCAACUCACCACCGCCCACAACCUGUACAGCGACUACCGCUCCCCCACGACCAACGAAUUCCUGCACCCCGGCCUGACCCCCGGUUCCGAGCCACAAUGGUACGUACUCAUCAACGGCUCCGAACCGUCCCCCUACGGCGUCGGCUACGCGCGCGACUUCCUCUUCGACACCACCAACCCCCCCACCGACCCCUCCAAAAACACCACCACCUGGGACUGGCGCACCUUCAACGAGACCGUCCUCCACCACGCCGAGACCCACGACCCCGGCCGCGCCACCGCCGACGACUAUGCCGCGCUGGCGGCCGUGCGCCGCAGGGGGGGCAAGGUGCUGCUGUAUCAUGGUACGGGGGACGGGCUGGUCCCGACCAAGGACACCGAGCUGUACUACCGGCGCACGGUGGAGGCGCUGCGCGCGGGGCGGCGGUGGUGGUGGUGGGGGUGGCCUGGGUCGGGGUCGUUGGGGGGGUUAUGGCGGUGGGAUGAUGGCGGGGUGGGUGAUUUUUUGAAUAUGUUUCUUGUGCCGGGGAUGCAGCAUUGUGCGGGGACGGAGGCGGACGCGCCGUGGAGUUUUGGGGCGGCGUCGCAGGCGGGCGCGCUGGGGAAUGAUACGUGGUCGGUGCCCGGGUUUGAGGAUGCGCGGCAUGAUGCCCUGUUGGCGUUGGUGGAUUGGGUCGAGGAGGGGAGGCCGGUUGAGCAGCUUGUCGCGACAACGUGGGAGGACCCUACGGAUCCGGCGUCGGGGGUUAAGAGGCAGCGGCCGAUUUGCGCUUGGCCCCGGCGCGCGGUUUGGGACGGGAGGGGGGAUGUUGAUGAUGCCGAUAGGGUUGGGAAGGGCAUCAUCGCCUCAUCCACGGGCCUGCUCCUGAAAACCCUCGGCCUCCGCGUCAGCUGCAUCAAGAUCGACCCGUAUGUCUCAGUCGAUGCGGGGCUCAUGGCCCCCGCCGAGCACGGCGAGUGCUUUGUCCUAUCCUCUGGCGGUGAGGUCGAUCUCGACCUCGGCAACUACGAGAGGUACCUCUCGGUGCGUCUCACAAGCGAGCACAACAUCACCACCGGCAAGGCCUACUUGAAUGUCAUCCAGAAGGAGCGCCGCGGCGACUAUCUCGGAAAGACCGUGCAGAUUGUGCCCCAUGUGACAGACUCGAUCAAGGAGUGGAUCAGGCGUGUGUCUAAGAUCCCGGUUGACGGCUCAAACGAGGAGCCUAAUGUGUGCAUCAUCGAGCUUGGCGGUACCGUCGGUGAUAUUGAGAGUGUAAUGCGCCACGAGGCCGGGGCUGGCAACUUCCUGAGCAUUCACGUCUCCUAUGUUCCCACGGUACACGGAGAACAAAAGACCAAGCCCACGCAGCACGCCGUCAAGUCAAUCCGAAGCCACGGUUUGAUCCCCGAUAUCGUCGCCUGCCGCUGCGAAACACCCCUCGCCGAGUCCACCAUCACCAAGCUCGCGCUCCACUGCCAGGUCGAGGCGGAGCAGGUCCUCGUCGUCCGCGACAUGCCGACCAUCUACCAAGUUCCCCUCCUCCUUCGCGAGCAGAAGCUCAUCCCCCAGCUCCGAACCAAACUUGCUCUGGAUCAGAUCACAGUCUCGCCCGAGAUGGCCGCGCAAGGUACAGCACUCUGGGAUCUGUGGACGUCGGUCGUCACGCCCACGUACCAGGACGAGGUCAAGAUCGCGCUUGUCGGCAAGUACGUCACGUGCCACGACGCCUACAUCUCGGUCGUUAAGGCCUUGGAGCACUCGGCCAUGACAAUCCGCCGGAAGCUUAACCUGAUGUGGAUCGACUCGGAGGAUCUCGAGCCGACGACCGGGGGUGGGGCCGCGCAGGCCAAGUACCACAAGGCGUGGCACGACAUCUCCACGGCCUCCGGCAUCAUCGUCCCGGGCGGGUUCGGACACCGCGGGACCGAGGGCAUGAUGAGGGUGACCAAGUGGGCCAGGGAGAACAGCAUCCCAUUCCUGGGUGUCUGCCUCGGCUUCCAGGUUGCGGCGAUCCAGUUUGCGCGCGAUGUGUGCGGCAUGCCCGAGGCCACGUCGGAGGAAUUCGACGCCCAGGCCAAGGACCGCGUGGUGGUCAACAUGCCCGAGCUCGACCGUCAGAACAUGGGCGGCACCAUGCGUCUAGGCCUGCGGAAGACCAUCUUCCAGCAGGACACAGAGUGGUCGCGUGCGCGGUCGCUGUACGGCGGCGUCGAGGUUAUCGAGGAAAGGCACCGUCAUCGGUAUGAGAUCAACCCUGAGCUCGUCGAGACGCUUGAGAAGGCUGGUCUCCACUUUGUGGGCAAGGACGAGACGGGCGAGCGGAUGGAGAUUUUCGAGCUGAAGGACCACCCCUUCUUUGUUGGGACGCAAUUCCACGCCGAAUACCAGUCGCAAGUCGUCCACCCCAGCAGACCGUACCUCGGCUUCAUCGCCGCGAGCGCGGGCUGCCUGGACGACGUGCUGAAGCAGGAACCGGUGGAGCGGUUCAAGAACGUCACACUCCUGAACGGCACUAAAUAA